AUGGCCGAUAUUGGGGGCCAGCAAGGCCGGAACUACCGGCCUCAUGGUCAUCCGUCCUCUGUCCAGCGUGAUGCUGCCUUUUCAGAAAUUUUUGGCGGAGCACGGCAGCCUGGGCGCUCGCAGACCAUGACAUCCCAAACGCCCCAGUUCUCCCAAGAGCGGGCUCACACGAUGUCAUCGCAGGUUCCGCGCCCACAAAUGCAGAGAGGUCCUCUCCCGCCACAGCGCCCGAUGCAGAACGGAUACCCCCCGAGCCAGUCAAACGGAUAUUACCAGGCAUACCCCGGUUCAGCUACUAUGACUUCGCAAUCUCCUCAGGGGCCUCCUCGACCUUACCCUGGGCGCUAUGCUUAUCCUCAACCGCAGCGUCUAGAUUCCAGACCAGUUCCGGGUCCUCCCUAUCAAGAUGCCAAGGGGUACAAUCGAGCGAUUCCUCAUCCUGCCCUGAAUUCGGACCCCUACAGGUCAAGAUCGAUGGCAAGACUGGGAGGGCCACCAAUCCAACCGCCCCAGCCGAACAGCUUCAACCAUACAUCAGCGAUCGCUUCUCGCAAUCAGCCGUAUAAUCCAGCAACUCCAAUGACACCGCAAGGACGUGUGGUGCCCGAACGACACGGAAAUGAGCGCGCCAUGUCCCUGACUUCAUACUCUAUGGAUCGCGAGCCGAUGCAUACGACAAGAACCGGGUCUGGACGAGUGAUCCCCAAUAGGCGCCAGCCAUCAGGGCCUGUUCAACCGCCAAUAGCGCAACAUGACGACUACUCCGACUACAUGAAUGGAAGGGUCCGCCCGCCAAGUGACGGUCCAAUGCCCAACCCUAGGACCUUCUCCAUGGCAUCAACUGUUGCACCUGAUCGUACAAUGAGCAUGCAAAGCAACCUAACUCACAGACCUAGUGCUCAGACGACAACGACCCUUGUGUCGAACAACUCGCGCCGCAGCAAACUGCUUGCAGUAAACCCAGCUCUUCUCUCGCGGGUUGCUGAUGCAUUUCGAGAGCAAAUCCCGCUGGGCGAGAAACAGAAGAACGGCCUUUCGUACCAAAACGCUUUCUCGGGCGCAGAUGCGGUGGAUGUUAUCUGCAGUAUCAUCAAGACGACUGAUCGAAACCUUGCUCUCCUUCUUGGACGCGCUUUGGACGCGCAGAAACUCUUCCACGACGUCACUUAUGAUCACCGCCUCCGAGACGCCCCCGGCGAACUCUAUCAAUUUAAGGAAACAUUGGGGGAGGAAGCGCCUAGUUCCGAGGUCAAUGGUGUUUUCACUCUUCUAACCGAAUGUUAUUCUCCAACCUGUAACCGCGAUAGCCUGUGCUAUUCUAUCGCCUGCCCCAGACGACUCGAGCAACAAGCCAGGCUGAAUAUGAACCCGCUUCCGGUACUCCGAACUUCAGCCUCAAAGAGCAGCCUGCACGGCGACGAUGAUGGCGGCGACAACCAGAAAUUAUGGAUUAACAUGGUCCCCAAAGAGGUGUCAGACAGUGUCGAUGAUAAAGAGAAGAAGCGACAGGAGAUCAUCUUCGAGAUCAUGUACACGGAGCGAGACUUUGUGAAGGACUUAGAAUAUCUGCGUGAUUUCUGGAUGAGGCCACUACGUUCUGCCAGCAACUCCCCCAUUCCCGAGCACAGACGGGAGAAGUUCAUACGGACUGUAUUUGGCAACUGCUUAGAUGUUCUCAAAGUCAAUGGCGCACUCUCUGAGGCUCUCAAUGCAAGGCAAAAGGAAAGUCAUAUUGUGAAGACGGUCGGUGACAUCUUCUUGCAACAUGUGCCGCGUUUCGAUCCGUUCAUUAAAUAUGGCGCAAAUCAGCUCUACGGCAGAUACGAAUUUGAGAAGGAGAAGUCUUCGAAUCCAGCUUUCGCAAAGUUUGUGGAAGAGACUGAACGGCUGAAAGAGUCCCGGAAACUGGAGCUGAACGGUUACCUGACUAAACCAACUACACGUCUGGCUCGGUAUCCUCUACUGCUAGAACAGGUCGGCAAAAACACUGCGGAGGGGAGUGCGGAUAAAGAAGAUAUCCCGCAUGCGAUCAGGAUUAUCAAGGAUUUCUUGUCCCGUGUCAAUGCCGAGAGUGGAAGGGCCGAGAACCACUUCAACCUGGUGUCUCUCAAUUCCUCGUUGAAAUUUGGUCCAGGUGACUAUGUUGAUUUGAAGCUCACAGAAGAAAACCGACAAAUGUUGACGAAAAUGGCGUUUAAGAAAACGCCUACUGAUAACUCGGAGGUUACAGUAUAUCUCUUCGAUCAUGCUGUUCUUCUGGUAAGAAUCAAGGUCGUGAACAAGCGAGAAGAGUACCGAGUCUACAGGAAACCUAUUCCCCUAGAACUCUUGGUAAUACCCCAAAUGGACGAGGUCAUCCCAAAGCCUGGCAUUGCGAAGAGGCCAUCGUCAGGGUUACUUGCCAACAAGACUGCUGCGAAUCCACCGGCCGCGAAAGAUACCCUACCGAUAACUUUCAGGCAUCUUGGUAAAGGUGGAUACGAGCAGACGCUAUAUGCCUCAUCCUCACAACAACGAAAGAAGUUCCUGGAGCUAGUGGACGAGCAGCAGACAAAGCUCCGAGAACGCAACAGUAACUUCUACAACAAAAACAUCAUUUGCGAAAAAUUCUUCAAUUCAGUGAACAGGGUGAACUGCCUUGUCCCAAUUGAUGGUGGUCGGAAACUUGUAUAUGGCACAGAUAGCGGCAUAUACGUGUCGGACCGAAACCCACGGGACCAGUCCGCGAAGCCAAGAAAAGUGCUAGAUGUCAGUCAAGUGACUCAGAUUGACACGCUGGAGGAGUAUCAGCUACUCUUGGUUCUUGCGAAUAAGACUUUGUACUCUUAUCCGAUGGAUGCUCUUGAGGUCACCGAAGGCCAAAACCCAGCGGCUAAGAGACCGAAGAAGAUCCAGGGUCAUGCGAACUUCUUCAAAUCCGGAAUCGGUCUUGGACGUCACCUGGUGUGUUCAGUCAAGACUUCGGCUCUCUCAACGACCAUCAAAGUAUAUGAGCCCAUGGACAAUCUAGCCAAGGGUAAGAAGAAGUCUACUGUCAGCAAGAUGUUCCAGAGCGGGCAAGAUACCUUAAAACCGUUCAAGGAAUUCUACAUCCCGGCAGAAUCAUCGUCGAUCCAUUACCUCCGAUCAACCCUUUGCGUUGGUUGUGCUCGUGGCUUCGAGGUUGUCAGUCUGGAAACGACAGAGACUCAAUCUCUUCUGGACCAAGCAGACACAUCUCUGGACUUUGUCGCACGCAAAGAGAACGUAAAACCCAUUCAUAUCGAACGGUUGAAUGGAGAAUUCCUACUGAACUACAGCGACUUUUCAUUCUUCGUUAACCGCAAUGGUUGGCGUGCGCGGGCGGAUUGGAAGAUCUCCUGGGAAGGGAAUCCCAAUUCUUUUGCACUCUCAUUGCCUUACAUACUAGCAUUUGAACCGAACUUUAUCGAGUUCAGACACAUCGACACGAGCGAACUGAUCCAUAUCAUGACUGGAAAGAAUAUUCGCAUGCUACAUUCUUCCACACGAGAGAUUCUUUACGCCUAUGAGGAUGAUUCAGGCGAAGAUGUUGUGGCUAGCUUGGAUUUCUGGAAGCACAAGCCGCUGGCACAGCAUUAGGCUUCUGCACAGAACUGGCGCCUGCUUUUGAUCGCUUUUUAGACCAGAUUCUAUUUCUGCUCAUUGAAGAAGCAUUUCGACUCCAUCUCUUCCCACUUCUUUUUCUUCUUUACUCAUUUGCUUCCUUUUUGAGCUGCCUCAAAGAUUUUCUAAUACCUCGACGUUUAUUUGGUCCGUCCCAGAUCGAGCCUGCUUUGCUCUCAAAUUAUCUUCCGUUGGCCAUUUACUUCCAUCGUGCUGUGUACAAUGAAGCGCAAAUACCAUGUUCUUUUUCUCAUAUAUUCCUGUCAUUGCCUUCUCAUCCUGUCCGAUCUCUUUUUGCAUCACUUCACAAUCUUCUUUCUUUCCGUCUCUGUCUGUGCGGGAAUCGUCUGUCCUGUCUUAUCCUAUCCUGUCCCGCUGUGUCUUCCACGCCCAUAGCGAUUACAUAUAUUUAAGUUAGCUGCAGGGUAAGCUGGCCCUGACCCCGAUUCUCCCUCUGAAUUGACUGGCUUGGUCUUCUACCCGAUGCACCUGGUCCUUAGUAUUCGUAGGAUAGCAUCUAAGUACAUAUAUAUUUACAUUCCAAACAGACAAUACUACGCAACCUACCGUC